CCUCAUCUUCCCAUCUAUAUAAGCCGGCGCUCGCCUCUCUCUCCUCACUCAAUUAAGUCACGCCGGGUGUUAGCUCGCUACAGAGUUAAGCGCGUGAGUGCAGCGCGCGGCAAGUACAAGCAAGCAAGCAGUUAAGUUCAGGCGGACUGAUUAGCAGAGUGAGGAGUUAGCAGGAGCGGGGAGUCCAAGUGAGGAAGAAGAUUAAGCACCGCUGUUAAUCAGCGGUUCUCUUAUACCACCUCUAGAUAGUGCUAGCGAUGAGGUCGAGAGGAGGGCUGCAGCUGCGGCCGCGGAUUCUGGCCGCGGUGGUCGGCGUGCUGCUCUUGGCGGCGGCGGCGCGGUUGUCGGAGGCGAAGCUGAGCCGGAGCUACUACGCGUCGACGUGCCCGAACGUGGAGGCGCUGGUCCGCGGUGUGGUGACGCAGAAGCUCCAGGAGACCUUCAACGCGGCGCCCGGCACGCUCCGCCUCUUCUUCCACGACUGCUUCGUCAGGGGCUGCGACGCUUCGGUGCUGAUCUCUGGCCCCGGCGACGAGCACAGCGCGGGCGCGGACACGACGCUGUCGCCGGACGCGCUGGACCUCAUCACCCGCGCCAAGGCGGCCGUGGAGGCCCGCUGCGCCAACACCGUCACCUGCGCCGACAUCCUCGCCAUCGCCACACGCGACGUCGUCUCCCAGGCGGGAGGGCCGUUGUACCCGGUGGAGCUGGGGCGGCUGGACGGCAAGGUCGGGACGAAGGCCGUGGUGAAGCACAGCCUCCCCGGCCCGGGCAACAACCUGGACCAGCUCAACAAGCUCUUCGCCACCAACGGCCUCACGCAGACCGACAUGAUCGCGCUCUCAGGUGGGCACACGAUCGGCGUGACGCACUGCGACAAGUUCAUCCGGCGGCUGUACCCGUUCAAGGGCGCCAAGCCGCAGUACAGCCCGCCGAUGAACCUCGCCUUCCUGCGGCAGAUGCGCGGGACGUGCCCGCUCAACUACAGCCCGACCACGGUGGCGAUGCUCGACACCGUGUCGCCGCUCAAGUUCGACAACGGCUACUACCAGACGCUGCAGCAGCAGAAGGGCCUGCUGUCGUCGGACCAGGUGCUCUUCGCCGACCGCCGGUCCCGGAGCACCGUCAACUACUUCGCCGCCAACCAGACCGCCUUCUUCGACGCCUUCGUCGCCGCUAUGGCCAAGCUUGGCCGCAUCGGGGUCAAGACGGGAUCCGACGGCGAGAUCAGACGGGUCUGCACCAAGGUCAACUAGUUACUUCCACUCUGCUGCUAGGUAGCUGCAGCAUCACACGUACAUUCAGUAGAGGGGGUAAAUCGAUCGGUCAAUUCUGUCUCUCAUCUUUCUCCUUGCCCAUAUGCUCACAUGGUGGGUGAAUCACAGCAAAAUUUAUUAUUCCCUCCCGAUUCUUUUCUUCAUGGUGUAAUAAGAAGCGGCACAUAGUGCCAUCAUAGUACAUUAGGAUAUCUUCAGGGCAUGCCAUGUGAUAGGAGGUACACUUACAUCCAUGUAAAUUGGACCAGUUAAUCAAGUAUAUCCCAUAUCCCUUCUUUUU